AUAGUCUUAAGCAAUGAUUAGAUUCAUCAAAAUGAACGUCAAUGGCUCUCUCCGUCCAGCAGAAGGAGAGUAAAAAAUAUGAUAAUUUCCAGGUAGGAUUGAUGAGGUCUGCUGGGGAUAACCACCGCACCCAACAGCCUUACAAGCACAAUGCUGGUGCCCGAGGGUUUGAGCUCAGUGCUUACGACUACAUCUACCAAGACGGGGGUGGUGGCGACGUGCCAAAAGAAAUCAAGGACUUUCCUAAGAACUUAGGUCGAUCGUACAUGCACAGAAAUGGACAGAUUCAGAUGCAGUCGUUGGCGAUCGGUGAUCGAUUUCAUUCCAAGACGCAACAAACAAGGUCAGCUCACUCUCAGGACCAGCAAGCCUACCCUCAGUGGAGUCACAUGACGUACCAGACAUCGACGUCGAAAGAGACGGUACCAGUUUCCAUGGCAACUACAACCUCCUCAUUUCCCGACAGUGCCAGUUUCGGUCUGAACAGCAGUUGCUCAAGCGAUAAGUUUGCCGCGUUUGACGAUCUCGUCAACAAGAUUGUGGAGGACGAUGCAAAUCUUUUCUCACCGCAGUUUGUGACGGAUGCACCAGAUGAAACACAUUCACAACCAACUUCAGAUAUUUUCUCUUUUGAUGGAUCGCCAAGUUUUACUGGAGGAAGCGUUUGGUCGAUGGGCAGUGAAGGAACCCCCUCAGGAAAAUCGGACAAGAAUUCUGUUUCAUAUGGCAGUUUCGAGCACAUGUCGACAUUCACGCCACACCUCUGGGAUGACAAGUAUGUUGAGAACCUGUCACCUCAGAUUCCUGAGAAUUCGGAGCAAAAUUUUACACGCACAUUUCCGACGCAGGACGGCAGUAGCUACAGACAGACAGGUGCCCGGAGUGGUUCGGACAAUGAAUUAUUAUGUCAGUUUUCCGCACUUGGGUCGGCGGAAUAUGUUUCAGAACCUCUAUCUAACGACGUCACCUCUCCUAGUAACGAUUCUUUCCCAGACGCGCCAAACAACCUAACAACCUUGCAUUCCCAUUUCCAGACUCAGAAGAGUUUCACGGAUCACGGUGGCAGUUCGGAGGGUUACUCGGAAAUGACCUCUCAGUACCGGUCUCCGAAACAAGACUCCUCCCAGCAGGACGGUAUGUUUGUCACACAGAAUGCCUUCCAGCAAGCUGUGGCACAGCAUGUGAGCGAGUCCAAAGUCAUCUACCCGGGAUCCGAGAUGUAUGUGAACAGAUCACAGCUGCAGCAGCAGCAGAAAUCAUUCCACAAGUCACAGGCAGAGGUGUUUGGAGAGAGAACAUUUUCUAACAUUUCCGGUCUGACAUCGGCACCGGGGAGCGUCCAGGCGGCCAUCAGCUUUGCUCAGAGCACCAUCAAGCAGCAGCAGCAGCAACAACCUCAGACCCAUCAGUUGCAAAUGGGAGACUUUAUGCACCCGAUUCAUGUGAAUACGCAAAACCACCACAGCAAUAUGCAAGGUAAUUUCACCUGGUCUGACCCUAGCACCCCUAGUUCUUGUGGAGAUGGUAACCUAGCUGCUGGGGGUGACCGGCCUCUUACAAACUGUGGCAGUGUGAACGGUUUUAGUGUGAACAGUAAUCCACUUUCUAGUCCGGAUAUUGGUAGAGUGUAUCGCAAACGAACUGUGUCCAUUGACUCCUCAGUGCCUGUUGGCCGGGAGAAGAUCGGCUUUCAGAAACUGACACCUCAGAGUUUCCACUCGCGGAAAAUCAGUGGAUUUCCAUAUGACCUGAACUCAUCUCCGCGCUACGACCGGUGGUCGGCAGACUCGACGGGACUGGAUCUAAACCAGCCUCCCCCACCGAGCAUGAACAGCCUCGACCAAUGUCACCAGCUAGACCCUUCGCACAGGGCAGAUCUGCAUCCCAUUCAUUUUGACAUGUCGCAACAGCCGACUGGUCGCCAUGCCGAUGAACACGCCAUGCACGACCAGGCGGGUCUCGCUCAUCCUCUGUCUCACCACGCAGUGCUGCACUACCCACCGGGCCUCCAGGCCGCUCCUCACCCUCUCUUCAAUCCUUCCCAUGGUGCCUUGCCCCGAGAGAUGUUCGACUACUACCGUGCCGACCCUCUCUGUCGGGUGCCUCCUGCAGCGGCGUUCAUUGGUGAAAUGCUGUAUCACGAGUUUCCACCGUACUUCUUCAGUCUUCAUCCAUCAUGGUACCCUGGCAUUAGACAUUUCAGAAGAAGUGGACCAUCUAACGAACUUCACAUUAAGCUGGAAGAGGCCUGUGAGCAGUUUAAGGCAAUAGAAAAGGAAAGGAAGAAGACUGAGGCCGAACUUGCACGACAGAACCCCGGGAAGAAAGUCUCCAGUACGAACAAUAUCGUCAUUUCCCGACUGCCGUCAAACCCAUCAAGAGUCGACCGCCUCAUUGUGGAUUCAUUCAGGGAACAUGCCAGGAUUAUCACACUUGUGGACAAAAUGGAAAAACUGCGCACCAUCACAAUACACUCAAACGUGCACUCAUCUCUUGAGAAGUGGUUGAAGGGGAUUCGUAAGGUUCAGGCCCGUCGGAAAGAGGAAAUUGUUAAUGCAGCCAACCGACACAGAGCUGGCAUGUCGAGACACCAAGAAGAUAAAGAUGUGUUGGCACUUGCGGCUAGUAUUGGUGAGUUGACGGCUCACACUAGGAGUGCCCGGACCGGCACCUGGUCAGCUCUGCAGAUGGCCGACAAAGAAAAUCCGCGCAUACAGAAAGCUGGCAUAAACGUGGACAGCCCAGUCAACCUCAGACCGUACACUGUUGCGUCGGAGUUGACCUGUCCUACAAGUGGUGAUGGGAAGGACACUGAAGAUGGGGCACACACGUAGAUGUACGUAACAGAGCAUUAAUUAGAGCAUUGUGGACAAAUGUAGAAGAGCUAGAGCGGUGUGGACAGAUAUGAUGGGAUGGACAUCAAAGACAAGUGUGUACUGCAAGAUUAGCAAGCAGCUAGUGUGGCAUGAAUGCAAGUGUGAUGGGAAGGAUGUUGAAAAUGGUACGCACACACAGGGAGAAGAAGUUUAGUGUUGUGUUCAAAACUAUUUCUAUUUUACAAAUUUAUCAAAAGUUAAUGAUUGUAGAGUAAAGAAUGUAGGUACUUAGUUUAACUUCAGAGUUGUUUACGUAGUUUCUUUUAGUAUCAUAUGUUUUAGUAUGGUCGUAGAUAGGUGUUACUCACGGCUUUGCUAAUUGGUGUAGCAGGCUGACAAAAGUUACUCAGCGGUUUGUUUGCUAAUGGUUUAGCAGGCUGAAAGACUUGUGGAAUCUACACGAUUAAGCAUUCAGGUUAAUUGGUGCAGUAAAAAACAACUGCUGUCGGCAUGGCAGCGUUUUACAUAGAUCUAGGUCUUGAAUUUUGGUAGCAUCGUUAGAUACUGAGAACCAAAUAUUCAACUGGAGGAUUGUUUGGUUAUCAGUCAUUAAAUCAGUAGAAGACAAAAUACUUUGAUGUUUUGGAUCAGUGCUUGUGUAUUUUAGACUAACUCUGACGCUAAUGUUUGCAUUAAAAAAUAUAUAUAUCACAACCCAGUACGUGGGCUACAUGGCAGCUGGACUAUUUAUGCUCAGAACAUCUCAUUAGUGUGCCAGUCAGCUUUGUUCUUUCAUUAAGCAAUAAUCAGUGAAAGAAGCAGUAUCAUUUUGAAUUAUUAAGUAAUUAGUCCUGCUUUUAAAAACCAAACUUUAGUGUUUGAUUAAUUGAACACAAUGAUGUUGUUUUGUUUUAUAAUUCUCUAAAAAUCAGCCUGCUAGAGCCAUAAAAUGUUAUUUACAUUUGUGUCAAAGUUGGAGUAAGCACAUUGAGAUGACUCGAGGUGCUAUUCUAACCUAUCUUGCUGACAGGUAAAUUGUGCCAGCCAGAAAGUUCAGAAUCUGUAUUUAUCAGGGGUUGAAAUAAUAGCGACCAUAUUUUUUUAUAAAGUCUUUUAGAAAAAUAGUGUUAAUUUUAUGUGGUUCCUAACUAGCCCUUCGUUUAAUUUAUCAUUAACUUCUUCAACCCCUGUUUAUAUGUCAAACUCAGAAUCAAAAAAAGUUUAAUAAAACAUUUUCUAGUAUAACAGCACAUGCUGCCCCCCAAACACCAGUUGGAAAAUCACUGAUUUGAUUGUAAACAUUUGGUGCCCGAAACUGAUACCCAGGUUCUCUCGAAUGUAAGGCCUGAUCCAAGCGCUAUAGCCCAUUAUACACAAGGCUUUUGAUCACCUCCAACCCUUCAUUCUCUUCAAUGAUUGUUCAGUAGGCAUGCCAAUGAUAAAAGUUGUUGAAGGUAAUAGGUUAACAACAUUAAAUGGCAUUUCUUGCUUAAAAAUAGUCACUUUCCAAAUCUAAUCAUGUGCAAUUUUAUUUCUGAGUGUAAUAUAACCUACAAUUUCGUCAGUUAUCCCAAAACAAUAUUUUCAAAUCUUAAUUCAAAGUGUUGAAUGUUUGAUCUGUUGAAUUGUCAAAUAUCUUGACAAUUCACUAGGGUAUAUUUCUAAGAGGUACUUACAGAAAGGCAGUAUUGUCAGAAUUAUGGUGUGUGCCAUACAUUCACAUUAUAGACUGUUGAAUUCUCUGGAUGUUUUGGCAACCAAGAAAACACUUGGUUUAAGUUGUCAUUCACCAAAUACAAUUUAAAGUUCAAUUUGGCGAAUAUAUGUCAUUACCUGAAGAAAAAAAAAUUCUGUUUAGUUAAAUGUUACUUGAAUUUGGCUACAUAUUUUCUGGUGAAAUUCGCCAAAUUACAUUACUCGGAAUCAGUUCACCUUGCUAAUAAUGUUCUCAUUUUCUAAUAAAUACUUACAUAUUAAUUUUUGGUGUCCAGCCUGCUUUACAUUGAUGCGAUUCUGUGCAUGAUUUAUGGGUGCAUGUUUCCACAAAUUUGCAUUUCCAUAGAUCUGUGUUUUUGCAAGUGGAUUACUAAACAAAAUAUGAAGUCGUUGAAGUGUACUUUUAAGCUACUAGUAAACACAAGCGCGAAGAAAUGUCAUUCCUUAGAUUAACUGGGUGUUUUUUUUUUAGCAUGCUGAAUGCCCGUACAUGAACCUUGUAUGUUGAAAAAAUACUGUACAUAUGCAGUAUAUCAAUAAUCUCACGCGUGAAAUCGUGUUAAUGAAAAGCAGACCUUAGUAAGAAAGUGUAAUACAGUAAAUGCCAUUCUGCUGUGUACCUUUAGCAAGAGAAGCGUUACUUUUUGUCAAAGUUAAAGGGAUCAUCAGCAAUACAUACAGUUAACAAAUAAGGAUUUUAUUUACGAACACACCUGUUAAAAGAGUUGUCUUGGCUCUGGUUUGUUUCCAUGGUGACAAUUUUCACAGGAAUUUUGCUCACAUGCCUAAUGUUGAAUCCUCGUGUGCCCUGUGAUUGGUUCUCAUGUGGGCAUACGCCAUGUUAGUCAGGUACGUGUAGGACUCUUUAUUAUGAUCAAUUGACUGUUUAUUAUGCAAGGCCCAAUUUUUCUAUGGCAAAAGCUAUUUUCCUGUUUUUAAACCAAUUAUUUAUUUUUGACAAAGGCUCAGGUUGAAAAUUGCCAUUUUUCUCCAUUACUGUAUGGAAAGCAUAUAGAAGAACAGCAGUUAUUGUGACAUACUGAUGAUAAUCAAGAUUGAUUGUUUGAUAUUUAAUGAGUUGUUGAUUGUAGUGAUAAUUUAAUUUAUUUGUUUAGAUUAUAGAAUAGUAUUAGGUACUGGAAUGAUCACACGUCACUUGCAAGUUUGCCCUACCUUUCAUGUUUUCAAGUCCACUUCAUAUAGUUACUUCUACGCUAACAUAAGUUGUUUGUGGCACUGAUAAAAUAACUAAAGCUGAAAAUUACAUCAAACAUUCAAGUGAUUUGUGAUCAUACAUGUAUAUUUUGAUUACAUUUUGUGUGUGUUUUCAACAAAUUAACUUGCCCAUCAUAUGAAAUUUAAAUGUAUUUAUUAUAUUUUUGAUGAUAACUAGACAUGAACAAAACCAAUCCGAGCACCCCCCAAGUUUUAAAGUGCAAGUACCUUUUGUAGUUUAUCUUACAUUAGCCUGUGUGGAUUUGUAGCUGGUAGUUGCAGGCCGUGGAAUUUCAAACCAAAACUAGUUUCUGCUUCGUACAUGUUAAAAGUUUGUGCCAUGUAUAAUAUUUGGUGGAUGUGAAGAUAUUUCACAAUUUUUUUAUGACGGUGGAUAUGUUGUUUUGUUUACCAAAAAUGGACAAUGGUUGUCUCUUAACUUGCUCUCGUGAACUGUUCGCAGAAGUGAAAUACACUUCUCAGGUUUCUGUGCUUCAAAGCAGGCUCGCCUUUCAGUUGACUACUAAAGGCAAGAGUCACACAAAUUAGGUUACUUGAAAUAUACACUGUGUACCUUCCUCUUCAAAUAACACUCAUUAUGAUAAGCCUUUUUACAAACAUUUUAAACAGCUAGCUUUAGCUAAAAUUAACAGCCAAAAAUACCCCAAACAUUCCUUUCUUUUUCUCUCACUGAUUUAUGGUUAUAAAUACAUACCCAAAUAUAGAUAAUACGUGAGACUUGAUAAUGAUGUGUCUGUUUGAAUAAAGUACUUGUUGAGGGAAGUCAUUGUAUAUAUAUUAUCGGGCACUAUUUUGUGGGCUAUUUAGUAGGUCCACUGCCAUACAUAUGCGAACCUGUCUUUGAAGCAGUCCUGCGGAAAGUAAACUUUGUUUGGAGAGCCAAAAGUAGUGUUAUGGUUCAGAAAAACAAAACUUAAAUAAUUUUAAUUAUAACCUAACCUAACCUAACCAUGUGGCAAAAGUUCACGUCGUCACGGAAUGGUGUUAGUUGAUGUCAGAUUUACGAAGGGAGAGCCUUUAUAGGAUAGACAUCUAAAGUGAGGGUGCCAGGGGGGCACGGACCUUUCCCCACCCCAACACUGAAGAUAAUGCUUUGCCUCACUCUCCAGUCGAAAAUCGAAUUAAUAUACAGCUGGCCUCCCCAAUCAAUGUUAUCUUCCAAUACCUCUGUGAAGUACAAGUGAAGUUGAUUCACAUUGGAUUGUUUUAAAAUCCACUUUUAUAUUCUUGUGCUGGCAGGUGGACAAAUCAUUGUCAUGCCCUGGUUGUGAUAACUUGAAAUCCUCAGGCCUGUGGUGAAUAGAUUUUCAAGGGGUAUCUUGGAAUAGUUCUCUGUAGCAUUAGUUGCAUUUUUUAUCAGAUCAUGGUUAUGUGUCUUUUUAUGCUGAUUAAAAGUAGUUUGAAAAUCUAUUUUCGUAUCCUCGUGUAGUUUGCAUGGAAUUUGAAUCUUGUUGUCAUCGCCUGUUGUGAGAGUUUGAGAAUGAAAUUAGAUCUGGUCAUGUCAUUAUUAUUACUAUAUUAUUAUUUUUAAAUACAUGUAGAAUCUGUGAUAAUGUGUAUGUCUCAACUAUUUAUUGAUUGAAUAUUGUAAUCUCAAGUCCUUCAACCUAUGUAACAGGCUGGAUGGCUUAAAGCAUAUGCUAAAUGUUUGCUUCAGUGUAGACAUUUAGUAUAUACUAACUAAUUUCAUUAAUUAAGGAAGAAAAUCAUUGGUGCAUGAAAUGCACGGUAUUUUUAAACAUUUCAAUUCAUUGAUUCAUAAUAGUUGUAGGCAUUCAGUAUAGGUCACACUCGCUCAACUACGAUAAUAAAUCAAAAUGUUUUAAAAUAACGGAACAUUUAAUGACAAUGUUUUAACACACAUAAAUAAUCAAAUGAUAUGGUGCCCUUGAUACACAUUUUAUUUUCUUGAAUAACAUAAAAAAAAAUAUAUAUAUAUAGUCAGCACCAAACUAGUGUAUAUUGAUGUAAACAUUUUUUCCGCAUACUUGACCCAAUCUCUGUUACGUAUGUUGAAGGGCUUGAAUCUGUAGAAAAACAAAACAAACGAACCAAGAGAGAACCUCCACAUAUUUAUUCAUUUUACUUUUGUUCACAUUUACAGAGUACUUAAUUCAGGUGACAACAUUUUCUCUUACAUGAUGUAGUGUACCAUUUGUAUUAAAGUAUAAACACAAGACUACUUGUAACUACACAAAUGUAUCUUGUACAUGAGAUAUAUGUAAAAUGUUAUUUUAUUUAUUAUUAUUAUUAAAAAUUCUGUAUGAUUUUUCAGUCAUAGACCAAAUAAAAAUAACAAAUAGUUUUUCAGGCCCUCCCAUUGUUAUAGGUCCCUCUACACUCCCUCCAGAUCCUCAUGUACAGUCAUGUUCCAUGCUUAUAAAACGUUUAGUCUUGAUUCAAGACUAUUUGAAUGUAAGACGUCAUUAAAGAUUUGAGAAGAAACAGAAAUGACUAUCUUCUAUUUUAGAAAAUCCUUCAAAUAGUCCAGUUAUAUUUUAUUAUUAUAUGUUCAGUUAAAAGUUUAUAUACUGGACAAUAAAAGGAAGGUGAAUAUUUGAAUAGAUCUAUUUUUCCUUCAUGAUAUAGUUAAUUUGGUAAACAGACCGUCUUCACAAGACACUGAUAAAUUUAAGACACAAAAACUAAUGGAAUUCAGACUAAAUAAUUAUAAAUAAAUGAAACGAAAUGUAAUUAAUAUAUGCUUAUUUUAUUUUGUUUAGUAUAUAAUAAUUGAGCUUGAACUAAAUUCUUUUUAGACCAGCUUUGAUGAACAAUUUGCCAUUUUCAUUAUUUUAAUUAAAAAAAUAACAUUUAAAUAUUUAAGUAAAAAAAACCCACGAUAUACCUCCCUAGCUAUUUUAUUUUUCUUCGUAAAUUGCCUGAAAAACCAUUUGUUAGUUUUAUAAGACCUAGGACAAAGAUAAGAGGCCUAGAAGACUUCAGAGAUAGAAAUGUAUAUAGUGUGACGAGUCUAAAUAUUAUUUAAAAAAAAGGAGAGUCACCUUUUCAGAACUGUCUCAUUUAAAGUACAUGUACAUCAGUGGCUUCAAAACAGUUAAGAUUGUUCUAAUAACCACACCAGGAAGAUUAUAGUGUCAUAUAUUAACUUACUUGAAUCUACCAAAUAUAUUUGUUUAUUCUUGAGUUGGGUUUUUUAACAUUCAGCCAUAAAGUAUUAAAUUACACUUACAUACAUUUGUGUUUGCUGUAACUUGGCUCUGUUAGUGAAAAUAACUAAUUUUCGUUUUCUGGACCAGGUUUUUCCUUUAGUAGCAAGUGUUUGUGUGUAAAAUAGUAAAUACACUGCUUACCACAUCUAUAACAUGAAGAUGAUAUUUAUGAUAAAUUAGUAUUAAAUAGAUCCAACACAUAAUGGUUGUAUAAUCCAUUUAAGAAUUGUUUGUGCAAAUGGCGAACAGUAAAAUAUGUCAAGUAACAUUUUAUGGGAAUGUAGAUCAAAGUAUAGUAUUUACAUUUCUAAAUAACAAAUAAUUAUUAUUUUUAAUGAGUUGCAAAUUUGAGGCAACCACUCUAAAAUAAAUUAGUUUUCACUAUAAACUGGUUGUUAAUAUUAAAUUAUUCAAAAUUCAAAUUGAUCCAUGAAGUGAGAAGAAUCUAAAAUAUCUCUUAUGCCUAAUACAUUGUACAUAUAGCACCGUGAGAAGAAAUUUUUACGAUCAUAUUAAAUAUUUCACAAGGUGACUGAAAUCUUCACAUGUAUUGUAAAGAAGAAAUCAUAAUAUUAAAUAUAUCUACUGUCAAACUGACGGCUAAGUGAGAGAACCUGGUUACAGCAAACCAGAAGUACUUUAAGGACGUCUGUAUUUUAUUUUCUCACCUUUUAUCAUCUAAUGGACAGUUCUGUCAUCCAGCGUUUUCUACAAUAUAGAUAGUAUGUUAUGAAUUGUUAUCUUGGUGGUUACGAUAUCAAAGUGCAAUUUCUCUGUACAAUAAUGUUGUUAUUUAUAUAUAUAUAACUAUAAGAAUACAUAUAAAUAUAUAUAGGUUAAUUGUUUUUAUAUAUAUAUAAAGAUAACACUAGCCCAAAUGAUGGCAUGUGCUAGUUACAUGACUGAAAGAGAGAAGUAUAUUUUUGCUUUAAGAGAAGAUGAUGAUUAAUGUAUUUAAUUCUAGUAGUCUGUGAUCGUAGAAUUUUUGGUGCCUGUAGCCUUGCUAGAUGGUUAGUUCUCUGUGCCAUACAAAUUAUUAUUAAUAUUAUGAUGUAUAUGUAUGUUAUAUGUUCGAAUAUAUAUAUAUAUAUAUAUAUAUAUAUAUAUAUAUAUAUAUAUAUAUAUAUAUAUAUAUAUACACAUGCUUCGACAAAUCAACCAGGGUUGGUUAUUACUGCAGUAUAUUUUUAUAUCUGACGACUGGUGUGACUUCCUGUCACAUGGUGUAUGCAUAAAGUGAUGCAAAAAUACGUGCUCACCCUUUUUACGUCUGGCCUGUUUCGUAAGAGUAAUACGAAUGGUUUUGUCAAAGAAUAAGUGAACGAAAGACAAAAGUCUUUGGAAUUGCUGGGUGCUCACAUACUCUUUCAGUUUUUCAUUUCUGAUCCUAGUCUAUUUAUUGAAUAUUAAAACUGUUAACACAGCUAUAUACAGUAACUGUUUUUAACAACUUGUGUUAUCUAUUGUAUAUUAUAUGUGACUGCAUCUUUGAAAAAGGGUACAGGUGAGGACAAAUGAUUUUAGCUCGAGGAUAUAUACAUACAUGUAUGUGAUGUCCGUAAUCUUGAAUAUGUAAUUCUAAUGAGUGUUACUAUUUUAAAUAUAGUCAACAAUGUUAUGAAGUUUAUUGUUGUAUACUCAACAAAAUUAGAUCUUUUCUUCUGUCCCAUGCCUAGCCAAUGGAGCUGCCGUAGGGAUGGGCGUGCUUGAACCUAAGUUGGAUAUAGGCACGUAAAUAAAAUAACUCGCACUCGCACUCAGAUAUGUUCAACAUUCCAAGUAGAUAUUUACUCAAACAACGUUUAGAAAUAAUCUCUUAUACAAUUUUUACUAACAUACAGUAAUUUAACACUAGCAAAAACUGACCUAAAGGUCUGCUGUCUCUUAAUUAAUUUUGUUGAGUAUAUUUCAGAAAUAUGGAUAGACUAGAAUAGUAAAAAGUAAAGUAAAGUUUGUUUUAUUUAACAACGCCACUAGAGCACAUUGAUUUUUUUGUGUCUUAUCAUCGGCUAUUGGACGUCAAACAUAUGGUCAUUCUGACACUGUUUUUAGAGGA